GAUUAUCAUUUUAAAUGAAAUCCCAACCCAUUCGUCGCUUAGUAGAGAGUAGAGACGACUUAUAUUUGCUGAUGCUCUCCUUCACGCUCGACGCCGCCAACCUGGAUCCGCCGCCCUUGUCUACGCUGCCCUGAGCCGACUUCGUCUCCAUCUUCGACCACCAUAGCCGUCCCCCGCCUACCCCCACGCCGUCGUCAUCCACCAAUUUCUAUUUCUCCUCUUUUCUGUCCGUGCGAUGGGGAGGGGAUGAGAGUCGAACAGCCUUCGCCGUCAUCGACAAAACCUUAAUAACAGAUUGAAUUGGAGAUACCAGAUGGAGAUUAUCGUCGACGAGUGUCGAUUGCUUGGUUUUUGGAUCGGGACUAUGGCGGUGCAAAAAUUAGGGUUUGCCUGGUGAGGAAAGGGGUGCUACGGGUUCAGGGGAAUACUGGAAGGGGUGGUGGAAGUGCAGAUGAAGGGAUUGAAGCGGUUGAAGUGAAGAGGAAGUUAUUGAGGGUGCGUGGUUGGGCUUGUGCAUUAGCGACGGGGUUCAGGGCAGCGACAUCGUCACAGGUGGGGCUCAAUAGGAACUGGUGCUGAGGCUGGGGAAAGGGUUGGGGCUGGGGAGGUGGCUGCAUCGGGACUGGGGCUAGUGUGGGGCUGGGGAAGACUGGUGGGGUAUGGGAAGGGUUCUAAGUGGGGCUGGGUAGCGGCAUGUGCAGGACGACGACAACAGUGACUGGCGGUGCGGUGGUGAUCACUGAACGGAUGGGGGGAGGGGGUACUAUACUGAUCGAGGUGGUUACUGGAUGUGCCGGAGCAAGUCACUGGCCGGAGCAAGGUGCUCUCUAUGGCCAGAGCGAGUCACUGAAAGAUGGUCACCUGGUCACAAUGACAGGAGCAAAUCACUAGACGGAGCAAGGUGGUCACUAUGGCCGGAGCGAGUCACUGAGCGGUGGUCAUUAUGGCUGGAGCGAGUCACUGAGCGGUGGGCACUAGGGCCGGAGCAAGUCACUGGGCAGUUGUGCAACAAGACAGCUGGUGGCGUCGAUGGUGACAGUGGCGUUUGUUGUGGACAUCUAGAGAAACUCUUUCUUGUUUUUAGCAUUAAAACUCAUUAACAUCUUUUUUAGUCAUACCUUGUUUUUCUAUUGUUUCGUUGGUGUGUAACGGAUGUUUAGUCAUUUUUUUGGACUUUUGAAACUCUACUCACUUUUUUGGUAAUCCGUAUAUAAAUAGUAAUAUUUAAAUAAAAAGAUCCAGAUAUAAUCAUUUAAAGAGAAUACUUCUAAUCAAGUAGCUUACAUUUAUUUAUUACAUGUGUGUGUGUUCACGAGUAAAUACG